AUGGGAAGUUCCAGACCCGAAUCAAACUCUGUUCAGAAAGCAGCAGGCUUAUGUGCCCCUUUGUUUGGUCGUUGCUUCUCAUCAACUAAUCUCGGCUCGGCGGCGAAAGAAGAGCUUCUGAAUGAACAGGGAGGAUUGAAGAUAUGGGCUGGAAAUAUCGGUAUUUUUGCCACCGGAACCGCGUCUGCGGACUACCGAUUGCGAAACGACCCAAACAUCAAGGAGGCCAUGGUCUCAAUGCUUGUAGCUGACUUAAAGGAGGAUUAUGGUGAAGGAGGGACAGCCGACAAAGAAGGCUCACAGAAAUCCACUUCAUCUUCUGAGGCCUCACUCGUUGUUGAUCUGGACGAAGAAGAAACUUCUAACAACGCGGGAACCUCCCUCUCUGGCAGCGCCGUACAAAAUCUUAUAGAGACGUGCAAGGUUACUAUAACAAAUCUCACCGCCUUUCUGUCGCCAUUAAGAAGCCUGUUUUCAUAUAACGAGAACGCGAAAGUUACAAGGUUUAUACAAAAAGAAAAGGGAAAAACAGAACAACAUGGCGGAGAAGACAUCAUAUCUGAGUUCCUGGUGCACAUCAAAUGGCUGUUUAGCUUUAGGUACAGACAGAUAUCACCUAAUAUUGCUGAGAGGCUCAUUGAUGCCCUUGUCUUUCGCCGGAAGAAACUAAUAUAUUGCCAAAGACAUCAGGAGAAACUCCAGCACGGGAUGGGAGAUGCAUUUGUGUUGCCAUUUGAUGAGGCUAUCUAA